AUGGGCGCCUACGAAGCUGUAUUGUAUUUGUUCUGGCUUUUCGUCGGUUUUGAAUUCUUCCUUUUUGUAUGGAAUCGGUUGCCAAAGCCACGCCCAAUCGAUUACACAACAAUCCCCGGGCUAAAGCUAGAAUGUAAAGCUGAUGAACUUCCACCACUCAGCAUUCCUCCAGGGACACCGCUAAGCGAGGUGAAACAGAUAGAUGGGCAUCUCGAAGAGAUACAAAGAAGCGGCUCCCUGCGAGCCUUCCUCGAAUACAGCCAUCACCUCUUUGGCCCUCUCAGUUCUUUCUAUUGGGGCCCUCGCUAUGUCGUCGUCGUCAGCUCUCCAAACGGCCUUCGCGAUUUACGGGCCGCCCGGAAACAUAUUGUCUGCACAAAUCCGUUUGCCAUCGGAUCCGUGAUACUUGGUGACUCGGCAUACUCAUCAAAAAUCCCCUACGAGAGUGUCGUGCUGAGAAAUGAGGCUGGGAAGGCCACGGAACUUAAUCGACACAAGAUCGGAUAUUCC